GUUUCUUCAGUUUCCAAGAAGGUCCCAGCUAACAAUACUGCUAUUGUGUAUAUGCACCGAUUCUACAUGAUCCAUUCCUUCACCAUGUUCCACAGAAAUGUCAUAGCUCCAGCAACACUGUUCCUGGCUGCAAAGGUUGAGGAACAGCCCCGCAAGUUGGAGCAUGUUAUCAAGGUGACCCAUGCAUGCCUCAACCCUCAGGACCCUUCACCAGACGUCCGCAGUGAUGUUGUGCCUCACCAGCUCGUUUUCUCCCGUUGUGCUGUUUACAAACACACAUGACUGGCUCAACUGUUCUGGGGAACUACGAUAAGCUUCGUCAUGUGACAGAACCACUAAUGAACAGGAUAAGGAUCCACGUGUUGCCGUCAUGCUGGGGCCGUUUGUCCCAGACUGCCCGUACCCAAGAGCCCAAGGCCUGUUCCUUCACCCAGCGGCCCUGCUCCCAGCCCCGCCUGGUGGGAAUUCUGCAUCAAACACGUCCUGGAGGACAAGAACGCCCCCUACGGACAGUGUAGUUAUGUGUCUAACAAGAAUGGCAAGCGCUUCCCGAAUGCAGCCCCCUAAGGUUGAAAAUAAAGAAUGGGUGACCUUCUGCGUGGAGCACUUUAGGUGGAAUGCCAUGGCUCUCCAGGCCCAGUUGAGGAAGGCCUCAUCUGGUCCCUUUCCUGAGGCCUUCCUAUCUCUGCUCAGUGGAUACAACUGCACUGAGAUCCAUGAGCAGGACAGUGGCCGCAGUGAAGCCAGCCUCAUCCUAGUUGCUAUUCCAGGUAAAUUGGAGCAUUUACUAUUAAGUGCAUGGUCCCAUUCCUGUACAUUCCUCCACUGCAUUGAGCCAAGUCACAGUCCAGGGGAGCUGAUGAGGAUUGUCUGUCCAGCUGUCCUCAUCUACAGAGUGAGGGUGAGCAGGGACCACUCGCUCUUGACCAGACCUGUAGUGGAGACCCAGACAGUGAAGCUGACAGCAUUGACAAUAACCACAAGGACCCUCUUAAGUAAGACUGCAAUAUUCGGAUACUGUGUUCUCUACCACAUUACAUACAGUUGAAGUCGGAAGUUUACAUACACCUUAGCCAAAUACGUUAAACUCAGUUUUUCACAAUUCCUGACAUUUAAUCGUAGCAAAAAUUCCCUUAAUUAGGUCAGUUAGGAUCACCAAUUUAUUUUAAGAAUGUGAUGUCAGAAUGAUAGUAGAGAGAAUGAUUUAUUUCAGAUGUUAUUUCUUUCAUCACAUUCCCAGCAGGUCAGAAGUUUACAUGCUACCAAAUACUAAUUGAGUGUAUUGCCUUUUAAAUUGUUUAACUUGGUUCAAACGUUUCGGGUAGCCUUCCACAAGCUUCCCACAAUAAGUUGGGUGAAUUUUGGGCCCAUUUAUCCUGACAGAGCUGGUAUAACUGAGUCAGGUUUGUAUGCCUCCUUGCUCGCACACUCCUUUUCAGUUCUGCCCACAGAUUUUCCAUAGGAUUGAGGUCAGGGCUUUGUAAUGGCCACUCCAAUACCUUGACUUUGUUGUCCUUAAGCCAUAACUUUGGAAGUAUGCUUGGGGUCAUUGUCCAUUUGGAAGACCCAUUUGCGACCAAGCUUUAACUUCCUGACUGAUGUCUUUAGAUGUUGCUUCAAUAUAUCCACAUAAUUUUCCUGCCUCAUGAUGCCAUCUAUUUUGUGAAGUGCACCAGUCCCUCUUGCAGCAAAGCACCCCCAUAACAUGACGCUGCCACCCCCAUGCUUCACGGUUGGGAUGGUGUUCUUCGGCUUGCAAGCCUCCCCCUUUUUACUCCGAACAUAACGAUGGUCAUUAUGGCCAAACAGUUCUAUUUCUGUUUCAUCAGACCAGAGGACAUUUCUCCAAAAAGUAUGAUUUUACUUUUUUAUUUUUUAUUAUUACUUUCUUAGCUACAGUACACUUUCUUAGCUACAGACCUCAACCAUUUUAUAACAAGCAUGUCCAGAGAUACAACCUCUCUUAUCAUCACUCAGUGCCUGGGCUUACCUCCACUGUACCCGCACCCCACCAUACCCCUGUCUGCACGUUUUGCCCUGAAUCUAUUCUACCACGCCCAGAAAUCUGCUCCUUUUAUUCUUUGUCCCCAACGCUCUAGGCGACCAGUUUUGAUAGCCUUUAACCAUACCCUCAUCCUACUCCUCCUCUGUUCCUCGGGUGAUGUGGAGGUAAACCCAGGCCCUGCGGGUCCCCAGGCACCCUCAUUUGUUGACUAAUGUGAACGAAAAAGCCUUGGUUUCAUGCAUGUUAACAUCAGAAGCCUCCUCCCAAAGUUGCUUUUACUCUCUGCCAACCCUGAUGUCCUUGCCGUGUCUGAAUCCUGGCUUAGGAAGGCCACCAAAUAUUCUGAGAUUUCCAUACCCAACUACAACAUUUUCUGUCAAGAUAGAACUGCCAAAGGGGGAGGAGUUGCAAUCUACUGCAGACAUAGCCUGCAAAGUUCUGUCAUACUUUCCAGGUCUAUAUCCAAACAGUUUGACCUUCUAAUUUUAAAAAUGUAUCUCUCCAGAAAUAAGUCUCUCACUGUUGCCGCCUGCUAUUGAACUCCCUCUGCGCCCAGCUGUGCCCUGGACACCAUUUGUGAAUUGAUCGCCCCCAUCUAGCUUCAGAGUUCGUUCUGCUAGGUGACCUAAACUGGGAUAUGCUUAAUAACACCUCGGCAGUCCUACAAUCUAAGCUAGAUGCCCUCAAUCUCACACAAAUCAUCAAGGAACCCACCAGGUACAACCCUAAUUCCGUAAACAUGGGCACCCUCAUAGACAUUAUCCUGACCAACUUGCCCUCCAAAUACACCUCCGCUGUUUUCAAUCAGGAUCUCAACGAUCACUGCCUCAUUGCCUGUAUCCGCUAUGGGUACGCGGUCAAACCCCUCAUCACUGUCAAACGCUCCCUAAAACACUUCUGCGAGCAGGCCUUUCUAAUCGACCUGGCCCGGGUAUCCUGGAAGGAUAUUGACCUCAUCCCGUCAGUCGAGGAUGCCUGGUCAUUCUUUAAAAGUCAUUUCCUCACCAUCUUAGAUAAGCAUGCCCCGUUCAAAAAAUGCAGAACUAAGAACAGAUAUAGCCCUUGGUUCACUCCAGACCUGACUGCCCUUGACCAGCACAAAAACAUCCUGUGGCGGAUUGCAAUAGCAUUGAAUAGUCCCCGCGAUAUGCAACUGUUCAGGGAAGUCAGGAACCAAUACACGCAGUCUGUCAGGAAAGUAAAGACUAGCUUUUUCAAGCAGAAAUGUGCAUCCUGUAGCUCUAACUCCAAAAGGUUUUGGGACACUGUAAGGUCCAUGGAGAACAAGAGGACCUCCUCCCAGCUGCCCACUGCAUGGAGGCUAGGUAACACGGUCACCACUUAUAAAUCCAUAAUAAUCAAAAUUUCAAUUAGCAUUUCUCAACGGCUGGCCAACAGCUCCCCCCCGCGCAGCUACUCGCCCAAGCCUCCCCAGCUUCUCCUUCACCCAAAUCUAGAUAGCAAAUGUUCUGAAAGAGCUGCAAAACCUGGACCCGUACAAAUCAGCUGGGCUAGACAAUCUGGACCCUCUCUUUCUAAAACUAUCCGCCGCCAUUGUUGCAACCCCUAUUACCAGCCUGUUCAACCUCUCUUUCACAUCGCCCAAGAUCCCUAAAGAUAGGAAAGCUGCUGCGGUCAUCCCCCUCUUCAAAUGGGGUGACACCCUAGACCCAAACUGUUACAGACCUAUAUCCAUCCUGCCCUGCCUAUCUAAAGUCUUAGAAAGCCAAGUUAAUAAACAUAUCACUGACCAUUUAGAAUCCCACCGUACCUUCUCCGCUGUGCAAUCCGGUUUCCGAGCCGGUCACGGGUGCACCUCAGCCACGCUCAAGGUACUGAACGAUAUCAUAACCACCAUCGAUAAAAGACAGUACUGUGCAGCCGUCUUCAUCGACCUUUUAACGCAGAGGCUGCAGGCCUCGUGUACUCGGAACAGGAGGUUACAUUUUCGUCAAGGGCUUAUAGAGUGGAGGGAGAGAAGGGCGUGUUUCAUAGUUUAUAACCCAUGUCUCUUCACAGGGGCGGGCCACUGAUUGAGCAGAGCUCUAACCUUAUAAAAACCCAAUUUUCUAAUUUGGAAGCUAAAAUUACAUUUAAUCUUUUCACAAAUAGUUUCAUAUUCAAAUAUUUUAAUUGCACAACAAUUCCUUGUGAAUCUGAUAACUAGAAUGUGUAGACUUUCCCAGAUACAGUUUUUCGUCCUGUCAUCAGUCAUAAUGUCUCAGAUGACAACCGAACUGACAUCAUAUUUAACUGGUUCUAUUGCCGAAAUAUGGUUCCUUCCCCCCACUUGUUUGAUGUUCCCAGACUCUCUAUGUUUAACAAAGGCUAUUCAAGAGUCCUUCAGUAGAGUCAGAGAGAGAGAGAGAAGAGAGGGAAGGGAGAAAGUUAUUUAUGGGGGGGGGUCAUAAACCUUACCCACAGGCCAACGUCAUGACAGGAGUUUGCCUCACCAAGAUUUACAUGCUAAAGUCACCACUAAAUAUCUACUAUGGUGUGUACAGUAGAUGUACUUCUUAUAGGAUACUGUAAGAAGUCUAGUGAAACUGCUGGAGUGUUGAGAAUGUUACUAGCUUUUAUUAAAAUUGGGUAAUUACCAGUGAUGUAUAUAAACCCUGGAUUGGUUUUUGCUAUGUAUUGGCUAUUGAGAGGCGUUGAAAACACCGGUCGGCUAUAUUGGUACUCCCCGGGUAAAAGCAUUCCCCCAUAGGAAUGAAUGGAAUUCUACAGUAUUUCAAUUAAAUGACAUGUAUUUAAGUAUUCUGUAGUGGGGACAUAGAUUUCAGUAAUCUCUAAAAAAUUAUACUUCAGGAAAAAAAUGGUUUUGUAUGUUUAGCUCACAUAAUAUAAUUUAAAAGUAUGCAUUAAGGUGUCUGUAAUAUGAUAAAUGUGUCACAAACAAAUGUAGUCAUUAAUAAAUGAAUUUCUAUUGCUUCCAAAAUAUUUUUUACAAUAUAAUAAAAUGCCUUAUUAGUCAUCUAGUAUAGCCUAUAUAUAAAUCAUUGGUGAUUACAGACUCACGUGUGCUAAUAAGUGAAUAGCCAUCUUAAAAUACAACCUGACCCAUUGCAUUUAGGCCAAUCUUGACUCAAUAUGUCCCAAAGUAGUCCUAAUGAUUCUGGGAUUUACCCUCAAAUAGUUGCAGCUCUAUUCUAAUGAGGCUAUUCAGUAUUAAAAUAUUCUGACAAUCCGAGCAAUAAUGAUCAAAUCUUGCCAGAAUAAACAGUGAAUAAAAUACCACAACACUCUUGAUGCAUAAAUUCAACAAUCUGAGGUAUAAUAACUGGAAUACAGAGGAAGUUGUACUGAUUAGUGAAGCGUUUCUGUGUCAACAGAACAAUAGGUCAUACAAUGCUGUUAAGAGAGACUACUUACAAGCAGGAAAAAUGGCAGGAAUGUAAAGUUAAUAAAGAUUACUGGGGCGCUUGUGACUCCUAAAUUCACGCAGCUUUGUCCUCCUCCCUUUAGAACCAUAAAAGUCAGUGUAAAAAAAAAAUUGUGUAUUAAUAUUUUAUGGUCAAAUUGUGAGACUGUUUAAACAAUGUCACCAUUCAGAGCAAAGAUAUAUAAUUACUCUCUCCUAAUUUUCUAUUUAAUAUUCCUAACUUAACACUUACAUCUAAGAAAAACUACACAUUGUAAAAAAAAAAAAUGCUUUUGUCUUUUUUAGAAAAUAAAUGCAUUUAAUAGCUCAAUGUGAUUCAAAAUAUUGUAAGCAAAUGCAAUGUAUGUCCAAGUAAACAUGUGAAUUCUCUUCAGUUAUCACUCUCGCUGUGAGGAGAGGUGUUGGAGGCAGUUCAUGAAUCGGCGCGGGGUGUCCCACUCUGAGCCAAAGUGCUGAGCGUCUCAUUGUCAGACGACAGUUCAGCCAGAUGUGCGGCCAUCUCGCUCUGCUUUGCCUCAACAACGUCCUCCCGAACAGACAGCAUUAUCUCUGAGACGAGUCUUUUGGAUGAGUCUAUAUUAAAGAUAGACUCCUUGUCUGAGCUGUCCACCGCUCUUAAUGAAUAAAAAAUACAUUUAAUUUGUGCAGCGCUUUUCAUAACAGAGUUCUCAAAGCUCUACGAAAGCUCUACAAAAAUAAAAACAUUUAGAAUCAAGGCUAUUCAAAUAUCAACAGUGGGCUAAGUGUUAAAAAGCUUUUCAGAUUAGGACUAUGAGAAAGACAGUAUUACCUGGGACUCUGGAGUUGAGAAUUCUCCCUCGAA